UCCCCGGAAAUCCACAAUCAACGUUGAGUUUAUAUUUACAAUAAAAAGAAAAAUAAGUUUAACAAGUAUAUAAACAACAUUGACUGUUACAGUGUAAACAGUACCGUUGUAGGAAAAACAUUAUCAUUAAUGUUUGAUGUUAAAAUAGUUCUGCUGAGUUAGGUUUGAUUAGUUAUAAAGAAUGAUAUCGGUGUCAGGUCUGGAGCAGGUCCUGUGGUUCUCUAGGCGCAGGAACUUUUGAGGUGAAGACAAUGACAAAGAAGGAAAGGAAGGAAACAAACCCGUGGAGAAAGAGGAGACUGGGACAUACAACAGCAGAACUCAGGGAUGACGCGGAGUACGACCCAGCUGAAGACGACACGGAGUUGCGGGACCUCCUCAUCCAGAACCUGGAAACCAAUGGAGUCCUGAACAAGAUCAAGGCUGAGUUGAGAGCUGCUGUUUUUCUGGCCAUGGAGGAGCAGGACACAGUGGAGAACAAAACCCCUCUGAUCAACCACAAUCUGAAGAAGUGUCUGAGCACCAAAGAAGGUCGUCUGGUGGCCAGUCUGAUCUUGGACUUCCUGCAGGUCUUUAACCUGGACUUCACCAUGGCAGUCUUCCAGCCUGAGAUCGACUUGCUGAGUGGUCUGGACGGUCGGGAUGUGGUCUGUAGAAGUCUGGGUCUGUCAGCGUCUGAACUGAACCACAACACUCCUGUGCUGCUGGAGCUGGUCAGGAGGGGGAGCCGUCGAGUCAGCAUCAGUAGCGAGGUUUUCCAGGACAAGGAGGUUAGCCACACCCCCCAGGAGUCGACCACCCCCCCCCCAGUCAGUAAGGAUGUUGUUAGUGAUAAAACGCAGCUGCUGAACGACAACAGGGCGCCCUCUCCUGGUCUGAGGAAGGAGCACCUGGACUUGGAUAUGGACGAGGACCUGGAUGAUGGAGAUUCGUUCUUUGACGACCCGCUGCCAAAACCUCAAAAGACCUACGGCUGGAGGGCAGAGCCGUCAGGCAGCAGGGAGAGUCCAGCAGGGUCACAGAGUGAGGACGCCCCCCCCUCAGCAGGAGCACCACCAGUAUCAGAGCACAGUCACAACAGGAACGACUCCAGACCUAAAAGAGAAGGAGCACGAGGUGGAGUCAAAGAGCAGUCAAAGCUCCAGAAGGAUAAAAAUGGAUCUUUGUGUUUAGACGAGGACGUGGAUGUUGAAUAUGAUGAUGACUUCAACAGUCAUCGCUCUGAUCUGUCAAAAAGUUCCUUUAGCAUCGGUGAAGAAAUUGAGGAAGUUUCUAUUGAAGGACCUGAGAGCAGUGAUCAGCUGGACGACAGCACUCGUGACGUGAGUAUCUCUCAGCUCACACACAGUCGUGACGCUGAUUACAUGGAGGACGUGACCUGAUUCUCUGAGAAUACCUCCGAGUACCUGUUGGUAUUUUCACCUAUUCUGUUACUGUCAAUAAUCUGGUUUAAAUAAAGUUUAGUGUCUUCACAACCGGAAACA